UUACACUUGGCACAAUGCAGUCAGGCAAGUACCGUUCUGGCAACCACUACACCCAGACAUGUCCAUUGGAUUGCCAUACAGAUCACUCCAGAGAAUAUGUCUCCACUGCUCUAGAGUCCAGUGGUGGCGUGGCUGAGUUGCUGUUGUUCCCAGUUGCUUCCACUUUGUUAUAAUACCACUAACAGUUGACUGUGGAAUAUUUAGUAGCCAGGAAAUGUCACGGAUGGACUUAUUGCACAGGUGGCAACCUAUCAUGGUAUGUUUUCUUGAAUUCACUGAGCUCCUGAGAGCGACCCAUUCUUUCACAAAUGUUUGUAGAAGCAGUCUGCAUGCCUAG